AGAACUAUAGCUCUCCCCAAACAUCUGCUAGUCCAUCCAAAAUGGCCUCUUCAUCCAAAUCUGUCAAAUUUUCUGAUAAAAAUAUACCAGAAAAAUCUCUGAAGUCAAAUACAGAGGGAAUUACUUUAACGGGCCAAUACACAUCUUAUAACCAAGAAAUAUCUGGUCAGAAAGACAAUCAACUACCGCCCUCUGUUACAAUAUCAGUGCAGUCAGAGAGUAGUGAAGUCAGUUCUAUAAUUAGGAGAACUCAGAAAGAAAUUGAAAGAGAAAAUGAAAGUAAAGGAAGGCUGAUAGAGAAUAGAAAAGAUGAAAGUAAAGGAACAUCAGCUGGGAGUACAGGGCCCACUAGUCGAGAAAUUGAGGCCUUCCAUCAAACUUCACCAAAGUCUAGUUUUCUAGAUGAUAAUUUAAAUGACCCAGAGGAUUUAUAUAAAAAGAAUCAGUCUGUGAGUACAAAGGAUGUUAUGGGGCAAAGUUCAAAGAUGGAAACUACGCAUGGUUUAGAUGCUGGAGUUCCAAAUAUUAAUGCUGAGUCUAUACUAUCAAGAUCAGAAGAAAGUUCAAGACAGACAAACAUAGCAGGUAAUUCUCAGUCUAGCAAUGUUCAGAAUAGGGGACCCAUUGUUCAUGAUGAACAGUCUGAUUCCAAUGAGGGAGGGUCAAGUCUUACAAAAGCAGUGAAAGAUUUAAGAAAAGUGUUAGAAAGUGAAACCCAUGAAAACACAUCAGAUACACAAAGACCUCAAGGGAAUUCCAUGAACAUUCCAGUCCCGUCAAGUGGACCCAUAGCUCAAUGUGAUUCAUGUCAGGAAGGGUCAAACAAAGAUUUGAAGGAGCUAAGGGAGACACUAGAAGAAGUAAGUCCUAGAGGAAUAUCAGAUUUAAGACCUCCAGGAAAUUCUAUAAAUAUCCCAGUGCAGACAGAUGGAUCCACUGAGGAGGGGAACCCCAUAGCAGCCCCGGACUCGACGGUCAGCUGCGGGUCUGACCUGUUCCAAUCAGGUCCUGUAGAAUCCGGGUCAGGAGAUCAAGGAGAGGGUCAGACAGGAGGUCAUCCCACUACAGUUCCUGUCCCAGCCACUGACCAAUCAGGAGCAAAGAACAUGGAGAUGGAUGCCAGAGAGUUACGGCAUGAUAUCGCAAAUCAGCCUAGUACACAGAGUUAUAGAGACAUUCAAAACAGUAUGCCCGAUCACGACCUUGAUGGAGGUAACGGACAAAGUGUGAACUCCUUAAUUAAUCGAAUUCAUUACGACACUGAAGAAACAUCUCCAAAUCAGACUCAAGACCAAAGCACACCCGGUGACACACAAAUUAAUAUUUCGGGAACAUUACAAAUGUCUGAUUCGGUGAGCAUAUCAGGUGUUUGUAGCAAUAUAGCAGGACCAAAUGGAAACCUUGUCAGUUCAACUGCAGAUGAUGACAAUGCAGUCUAAAGUCUACUGAGGAGAACUAAUUUCUGAUUGUUAACCUGAACAAGAUAUAAGAAUUUUCUAUAGUUUUCCUGUUAUGAAGUUGUUCGUUGAUUUUCAUCUUCUGUGAUGGUCAAUGACUUGUCUAUGGACUAUCGUUAAGCCAGCUAUUAGUAUGAAGUCUUUUAUAGAGUGCAAAGUUAGAUAUAAAGAUCUUUAUUUUUAAUUACAAAUAUUACUUAUUGUAUAUAUGUCAUAGUAAUUAUUGUAUGUAAAGGAGUUAUAUAUCUGUAUUGAAUGAAAUGAUCAGGAAAUAUUUUUUUCAUUAAUGCUUCGUAUUAGCAGUGUGUAUUUAGAAUAUCCCAAUAAGUCAUGUUGAGUUUAAAUCACAGAAAUAAUGCACUUAUAAGAUUGAAGUAAUGUAUACAUGUAUAAUGUAUGUAGAUGCAUCAGCAGUCAAUCUGUGACUCUAAAUCAGUGUGUUUGUCUGUGCCUUGAUCUUAAAAAAGACCUUAUUAAAGGUUGUCAACAUAGUAUGUACUAUGUUAUUUAGUCAAUUAUUGAAAAUGGUUGUUUGACUUUAAAAUCUUUUUAGUGUGUUUAUUUAUUUUUUUCAAAGCUAAUAAGAUUUAGUAUGAAUGAAUGUCUAAAUGCUUGGGCAUUACUUUGAAUACUUUGCAUGAGGAGCAAAAAGGUAUGACUGAAAUAAUGAGGAAAAGUUAGGUCAUGACAAAAUCUGCUUACAUGAUUAUAAAUUUUAAUUAAGAACUGGUGUUCUUUUGCCUAAAUUGCCAAGGACAGCUUACUUAAAUUUUUUGGGGGAUAUUAGCUUAAGUUUGUUUUAUUUAAUUCUAGAUUUUAUUUUUGAAGAAAACUUUGUGCUAGCUAGAAAAUUUGAUUGCUUCCAGCUUAAAUCCCCAUCCUUUAUUGCACUGACUUGUUCAGAUGUUUUUAAACAUCUUAUAUAAAUUGUAGCGUAAUUUACAAAGUGUACAUUGCUAUAGAUAUCCAAUAAUUACCAUAUUUACAAUUUGGUGCCAAAAACUGAAAUUAUCUUUGAGAUUUUUGAUUGUACUAGAUGUUCAUAAA